AUGCUGGCGGCGCUGGGCUCCCUGGCUGCUGCCCUCUGGGCCAGGAUCCAUUUCCAGACUCUCCUGCUGGGCGCCUUUGCCUUUCUAUUCUUUGUUGAAUUCCUUAAAAGGCGUCGCCCAAAGAACUACCCACCCGGGCCCCCAAGACUGCCUUUCUUUGGAAACAUCUUUCAGAUGGACUUUGAACAGCCGCACCUGGCGAUUCAGCCGCUUGUGAACAAAUAUGGAAACAUGAUAAGUAUGGAUAUUGGGCGUGUACGCAACGUUAUCGUAACUGGAUUGCCCUUAAUCAAAGAAAUCCUUGCAAACCCUGACCACCGUGUUGUGAACCGCCCCAUAAUGCCUCUCCAAGAGCGCAUCUUUAAGAAACAUGGUUUGAUUAUGUCCAGUGGCCAGGAGUGGAAGGAGCAAAGAAGGUUUGCCCUGAUGACACUUCGGAACUUUGGUUUAGGAAAGAAGAGCUUAGAAGAACGCAUUCAGGAGGAGGCCCACCACCUUGUCAAGGCAAUACAGGAGGAGAAAGGACAGCCUUUUGACCCACAAUUCAAGAUCAAUAAUGCCGUUUCCAAUAUCAUCUGCUCCAUUACCUUUGGGGAGCGCUUUGAGUAUGAGGAUGCUCGGUUUCAGGAGCUGCUAAAGUUGCUGGAUGAAGCCAUAUGUCUGGAAGCCAGACUGUGCUGCCACCUCUACAAUAGCUUCCCAUCAAUAAUGUACUUCCUUCCUGGAUCCCACCAAAAACUCAUUCAACACUGGGGGAAAUUAAAAUUGUUUGUAUCACAUGUGAUUGAAAACCACAAGAAAGACUGGAAUCCUGAUGAACCUAGAGACUUCAUUGACGCUUACCUCACGGAAAUGACAAAGACAGACAAUGCUACAUCAAGUUUUGAUGAAGAAAACCUUGUCUGCAGCACACUGGACCUCUUUUUGGCUGGAACUGAGACAACGUCUACAACACUGCGCUGGGCUCUGCUUCACAUGGCCAUGAACCCAGAGAUCCAAGAGAAAGUACAAGCUGAAAUUGACAGUGUACUUGGCCAGUCCCAGCAGCCCAGCAUAGCAGAUCGGGACCACAUGCCCUACACUAAUGCCGUCAUCCAUGAGGUGCAAAGAAUGGGCAACAUCCUCCCCAUGAACCUCCCCAGGGAAGUGACAACUGAUACCACUGUGGCUGGAUACUACCUGCCAAAGGGGACCGUGAUCCUGACCAAUCUGACUGCGCUGCACAGGGACCCCAAAGAGUGGGCCACCCCUGACACCUUCAAUCCGGAGCACUUCCUGGAGAAUGGACAGUUUAAGAAAAGGGAAUCCUUUCUGCCUUUUUCAGUAGGAAAACGAGUUUGCCUUGGAGAACAGCUGGCCAAGACUGAGUUGUUUAUAUUCUUCACUUCCUUUUUGCAAAAAUUUACCUUCAGAGCCCCACCCAAUGAGAAGCUGAGCCUGAAGUCAAGAGUCAGCGUCACUCUCUCCCCUGUCAAUCAUCACAUCUGUGCUGUUCCUAGGGCGUGA